AUGCCACAACCCCUCCUAGUCGGCAUCUCAGGCCCCUCCUCCUCGGGCAAAACAACCCUCUCCCGUCUCCUCCGCGACAUCUUCCCCCCCUCCAAACUCUCCAUCCUACAUCUCGACGACUUCUACCUCACCGACGCCGAGAUCCCCGUCAAGAACUCUGUCCAAGACUGGGAUUGCAUAGAGUCGCUCAACCUACCUGCGCUCAAACAAGCACUGCAGCACAUCAAAGAACAUGGUAACAGUCCAGAAUGGCUGGUCAGCCAGGAAGACCAGAACAGUGUGGGCGACCAUGGUGUACCUGAGGAUGAGAUCAGGAGGUUAAGAGAUGAGGUUGAGGUGUGGUUGAGGAGUAAGACCGAGUGGCAAGAGCGACGGAUAUGUGUUGUUGAUGGGUUUUUGCUGUUUUCGCAGGAUAUGAAGGAUAUCCGUGAGAUCUUUGAUGUUAGACUCUUUUUAAGGACGAGCUAUGAGACUGCGAAGCGGAGGAGGGAGGCGAGGAGUGGUUAUGUGACGCUUGAGGGCUUCUGGCAAGAUCCGCCGGGUUAUGUAGAUGAUAUUGUGUGGCCGAACUAUGUGAAAGACCAUAAGUUCCUGUUCAAGAAUGGGGAUGUGGAUGGAGAGUUGGAUAAGAAGGUUUGCGAGAGCGUUGGCAUAUAUGGCAUGCCGAGAGAAGCGGAGGGCGAUAUGACGAGGUGUUUGCAUUGGGCUGCUGGGUUACUCGAGGACGUCAUCAAGAAGACAUGA